AUGGCCUUGCUCGUCCACCUCAAGACGGUCUCCGAGCUGCGGGGCAAGGGUGACCGGAUCGCCAAAGUGACUUUCCGAGGGCAGUCCUUCUACUCCCGGGUCCUGGAGAGCUGUGAGGAUGUGGCUGACUUCGAUGAGACCUUCCGGUGGCCGGUGGCCAGCAGCAUCGAUAGCAAUGAGAUGCUCGAGAUUCAGAUCUUCAACUACAGCAAAGUCUUCAGCAACAAGCUGAUCGGGACCUUCCGCAUGGUGCUGCAGAAGGUGGUGGAGGAGAACCACGUGGAGGUGACCGACACGCUGAUGGAUGACAACAAUGCGAUCAUCAAGACCAGCCUGUGUGUGGAGGUCCGGUAUCAGGCCACAGAUGGCACGGUGGGCUCCUGGGAUGACGGGGACUUCCUGGGGGAGGAGUCCCUUCACGAGGAAGAGAAGGACAGCCAAGAGACAGAUGGGCUGCUACCCGGCUCCCGCCCCAGCUCCCGGCCACCAGGCGAGAAGAGUUUCCGGAGCAAAGGCAGAGAGAAGACCAAGGGAGGCAGAGAUGGCGAGCACAAAGCCGGGAGGAGCGUGUUCUCCGCCAUGAAGCUCGGCAAGAACCGGCCUCACAAGGAGGAACCCCAAAGACAAGAUGAACCAGCUGUGCUGGAGAUGGAGGACCUUGACCACCUGGCCAUUCGGCUGGGGGAUGGGCUGGACCCUGACUCCGUGUCGCUAGCAUCUGUCACAGCCCUCACCACCAACGUCUCCAACAAGCGGUCUAAGCCAGACAUCAAGAUGGAGCCAAGUGCCGGGCGGCCCAUGGACUACCAGGUCAGUGUCACAGUCAUUGAGGCUCGGCAGCUGGUGGGCUUGAACAUGGACCCCGUGGUGUGUGUGGAGGUGGGCGAUGACAAGAAGUACACCUCCAUGAAGGAGUCCACUAACUGCCCCUACUAUAAUGAGUACUUCGUCUUUGACUUCCACGUCUCUCCUGACGUCAUGUUCGACAAGAUCAUCAAGAUCUCGGUGAUUCACUCCAAGAAUCUGCUGCGCAGUGGCACCCUGGUGGGGUCCUUCAAAAUGGACGUGGGAACCGUGUACUCCCAGCCGGAGCACCAGUUCCACCACAAGUGGGCCAUCCUGUCCGACCCUGACGACAUCUCCGCGGGGCUGAAGGGCUACGUGAAGUGCGAUGUCGCUGUGGUGGGCAAGGGCGACAACAUUAAGACUCCCCACAAGGCCAAUGAGACGGAUGAGGAUGACAUUGAGGGGAACUUGCUGCUCCCCGAAGGGGUGCCUCCUGAACGCCAGUGGGCCCGGUUCUACGUGAAGAUCUACCGAGCUGAGGGGCUGCCCCGCAUGAACAUGAGCCUCAUGGCCAACAUGAAGAAAGCUUUCACUGGCGAGAACAAGGAUCUGGUCGACCCCUAUGUGCAAGUCCUCUUUGCCGGCCAGAAGGGCAAGACUUCAGUGCAGAAAAGCAGCUACGAGCCACUGUGGAACGAGCAAGUGGUCUUCACAGACCUGUUCCCCCCACUCUGCAAGCGCAUGAAGGUGCAGAUCCGGGACUCGGACAAGGUCAAUGACGUGGCCAUCGGCACCCACUUCAUUGACCUGCGCAAGAUUUCCAAUGAUGGAGACAAAGGCUUCCUGCCCACACUGGGCCCCGCCUGGGUGAACAUGUACGGCUCCACACGCAACUACACGCUGCUAGACGAGCAUCAGGACCUGAACGAGGGCCUGGGGGAGGGCGUGUCCUUCCGUGCCCGCCUCAUGCUGGGCCUGGCGGUGGAGAUCCUGGACACAUCCAACCCUGAGAUCACCAGCUCCACUGAGGUGCAGGUGGAGCAGGCCACACCCAUCUCCGAGAGCUGCACGGGGAAAAUAGAAGAAUUCUUUCUAUUUGGAGCCUUUCUGGAGGCCUCAAUGAUCGACCGGAAAAACGGAGACAAGCCCAUCACCUUUGAGGUCACCAUAGGCAACUACGGGAACGAAGUUGAUGGCCUGUCGCGACCCCAGCGACCUCGGCCUCGGAAGGAGCCUGGGGACGAGGAGGAAGUCGAUCUGAUCCAGAACUUGAGUGACGACGAGACUGACGAGGGUGGGGGCCUGGCCUCGGUCUCCUCCACCCCACCCAUGCGGCCCCAGAUCACCGAUAGAAACUACUUCCAUCUGCCUUACCUGGAGCGCAAACCCUGCAUCUACAUCAAGAGCUGGUGGCCUGACCAACGCCGUCGCCUAUACAAUGCCAACAUCAUGGACCACAUUGCAGACAAGCUGGAAGAAGGCCUGAACGAUGUGCAGGAGAUGAUCAAAACAGAGAAGUUGUACCCUGAGCGUCGACUUCGGGGCGUCCUAGGGGAGCUCAGCUCUGGCUGCUACCGCUUCCUCUCCCUCGCGGACAAGGACCAGGGCCACUCAUCCCGCACCAGGCUGGACCGGGAGCGUCUCAAGUCCUGCAUGCGGGAGCUGGAAAGCAUGGGGCAGCAGGCCAAGACCCUGCGGGCACAAGUGAAGCGGCACACGGUGCGCGACAAGCUGAGGCUCUGUCAGAACUUCCUGCAGAAGCUGCGCUUCCUGGCAGAUGAGCCCCAGCACAGCAUCCCUGACGUCUUCAUCUGGAUGAUGAGCAACAACAAGCGCAUCGCCUACACCCGGGUGCCCUCCAAGGACCUGCUCUUCUCCAUCGUGGAGGAGGAACUGGGCAAGGACUGCGCCAAGGUCAAGACACUCUUCCUCAAGCUGCCGGGGAGGCGGGGCUUUGGCUCGGCGGGCUGGACAGUGCAGGCCAAGCUGGAGCUCUACCUGUGGCUGGGUCUCAGCAAGCAGCGCAAGGACUUCCUGUGUGGCCUGCCCUGUGGCUUCGAGGAGGUCAAGGCAGCCCAGGGCCUGGGACUACUCUCCUUCCCGCCCAUCAGCCUGGUCUACACUAAGAAGCAGGCCUUCCAGCUCCGCGCCCACAUGUACCAGGCUCGCAGCCUCUUUGCUGCCGACAGCACCGGCCUCUCAGACCCCUUUGCCCGUGUCUUCUUCAUCAACCAGAGUCAGUGCACAGAGGUACUGAAUGAGACCCUGUGCCCCACCUGGGACCAGAUGCUGGUGUUUGACAACCUGGAGCUGUACGGUGAAGCUCAUGAGCUGCGGGACGAUCCCCCUAUCAUUGUUAUCGAAAUCUACGACCAGGACACCGUGGGCAAAGCCGACUUCAUGGGCCGGACCUUUGCCAAGCCGCUGGUGAAGAUGGCCGACGAGGCGUACUGCCCACCCCGCUUCCCGCCCCAGCUGGAGUACUAUCAGAUCUACCGGGGCAACGCCACGGCCGGGGACCUGCUGGCCGCCUUCGAGCUGCUGCAGAUUGGACCGGCAGGGAAGGCCGACCUGCCGCCCAUCAACGGCCCCAUGGACAUGGACCGAGGUCCCAUCAUGCCUGUGCCUGUGGGCAUCCGACCCGUGCUUAGCAAGUACCGGGUGGAGGUGCUGUUCUGGGGCCUACGAGACCUGAAGCGGGUAAACCUGGCCCAGGUGGACCGGCCACGGGUGGACAUCGAGUGCGCGGGGAAAGGGGUGCAGUCGUCCCUGAUCCACAAUUACAAGAAGAACCCCAACUUCAGCACCCUGGUCAAGUGGUUUGAAGUGGACCUCCCGGAGAACGAGCUCCUGCACCCGCCCUUGAACAUCCGCGUGGUGGACUGCCGGGCCUUCGGGCGCUACACCCUGGUCGGCUCCCACGCCGUCAGCUCCCUGCGGCGCUUCAUCUACCGGCCCCCAGACCGCUCGGCUCCCAACUGGAACACCUCGGGGGAGGUCGUGGUGAGCAUGGAGCCGGAGGCGCCCGUCAAGAAGCUGGAGACCAUGGUGAAGCUGGAGGCGACUUCCGAUGCCGUCAUCAAGGUGGAUGUGGCUGAUGAAGAGAAGGAGAGGAAGAAGAAGAAGAAGAAGGGCAGCUCAGGUGAGCCGGAGGAGGAGGAGCCGGAUGAGAGCAUGUUGGAUUGGUGGUCCAAGUACUUUGCUUCCAUCGACACCAUGAAGGAGCAAAUUCGACAACAAGAAAUCUCAGGAAUUGACUUGGAGGAGAAAGAGGAGAUGGACAACACUGAAGGCCUGAAGGGGCCGAUGAAGGGCAAGGAGAAGGCAAGGGCUGCAAAGGAGGAGAAGAAGAAAAGAACCCAGAGCCUAGGCCCUGGCCAGGGGCCGGAGGCCCCUGAGAAGAGGAAACCCAAGAUUGAUGAGCUCAAGGUGUACCCCAAGGAGCUGGAGUCAGAGUUCGACAACUUCGAGGACUGGCUGCACACGUUCAACCUGCUUCGGGGCAAGACGGGGGACGACGAGGAUGGUGGGACUGAGGAGGAGCGCAUCGUGGGCCGGUUCAAGGGCUCCCUCUGCGUGUACAAAGUGCCACUCCCAGAGGAUGUGUCCCGGGAAGCCGGCUACGACCCCACCUACGGCAUGUUCCAGGGCAUCCCCAGCAAUGAACCCAUCAACGUACUCGUCCGGGUCUACGUGGUCCGAGCCACGGACCUGCACCCCGCAGACAUCAAUGGCAAAGCUGACCCCUACAUUGCCAUCCGGCUAGGCAAGACUGACAUCCGUGACAAGGAGAACUACAUCUCCAAGCAGCUCAACCCCGUCUUUGGGAAGUCCUUUGACAUCGAAGCCUGCUUCCCCAUGGAAUCCAUGCUGACGGUGGCCGUGUACGACUGGGAUCUGGUAGGCACCGAUGACCUCAUUGGGGAAACCAAGAUCGACCUGGAAAACCGCUUCUACAGCAAGCACCGCGCCACCUGUGGCAUCGCCCAGACCUACUCCGUACACGGCUACAAUAUCUGGCGGGAUCCUAUGAAGCCCAGCCAGAUCCUGACCCGCCUCUGCAAGGAGGGCAAAGUGGACGGCCCCCACUUCGGGCCCCCCGGGAGAGUGAAGGUGUCCAACCGCAUCUUCACAGGGCCCUCCGAGAUGGAGGACGAGAAUGGGCAGAGGAAGCCCACGGAAGAGCACGUGGCACUGCUGGCCCUGAGACACUGGGAGGACAUCCCCCGCGUGGGCUGCCGCCUGGUGCCCGAACACGUGGAGACACGGCCGCUGCUCAACCCCGACAAGCCGGGCAUCGAACAGGGCCGCCUGGAGCUGUGGGUGGACAUGUUUCCCAUGGACAUGCCGGCCCCCGGGAUGCCUCUGGACAUCUCCCCUCGGAAGCCCAAGAAGUACGAGUUGCGGGUCAUCGUGUGGAACACGGAUGAGGUGGUCUUGGAAGAUGACGACUUCUUCACUGGGGAGAAGUCCAGCGACAUUUUCGUGCGGGGGUGGCUGAAGGGCCAGCAGGAGGACAAGCAGGACACAGACGUCCACUACCACUCCCUCACGGGCGAGGGCAACUUCAACUGGCGCUACCUGUUCCCCUUCGACUACCUGGCUGCUGAGGAGAAGAUUGUCAUCUCCAAGAAGGAGUCCAUGUUCUCCUGGGAUGAGACCGAAUACAAGAUCCCUGCACGGCUCACCCUGCAGAUCUGGGACGCCGACCACUUCUCUGCUGAUGACUUCCUGGGGGCCAUCGAGCUGGACCUGAAUCGCUUCCCUCGGGGUGCGAAAACGGCCAAGCAGUGCACCAUGGAGAUGGCCACGGGGGAGGUGGAUGUGCCUCUGGUUUCCAUCUUCAAGCAGAAGCGCGUCAAAGGCUGGUGGCCCCUCCUAGCCCGCAACGAGAAUGACGAGUUUGAGCUCACGGGCAAAGUGGAAGCAGAGUUGCAUCUACUCACUGCCGAGGAGGCGGAAAAGAAUCCCGUGGGCCUGGCCCGCAAUGAACCUGAUCCCCUAGAGAAACCCAACCGGCCCGACACUGCCUUUGUCUGGUUCCUCAACCCCCUCAAGUCCAUCAAGUACCUCAUCUGCACGCGGUACAAGUGGCUCAUCAUCAAGAUCGUGUUGGCGCUGCUGGGACUGCUCAUGCUGGCGCUCUUCCUCUACAGCCUCCCCGGUUACAUGGUCAAGAAGCUCUUGGGGGCGUGA